CCCAGCCAGCAGCUACUUCAACUGCUCCUGGGACCGCAUCUCUGCUGCACGUCUGGGAGCCUGAGCUCGCCAUGGCCCCCAUGCCCUGGAGCCUAUGGCCGGCACUGUGCCUCUGGGGGGCCGUGGCCCUGCUGCUUUGCCCAGCUGCCUGGAGCGACUGCAGUGCCUUCCCCAGCAUCGAGCACGGCUCCAGCGAGGACGUCAGUUCCUUCCUGUCCUUUACCACGGUGCUGCAGUACCAGUGCGACGAGGGCUACGCGCUGGUGGGGGAGGCCAGGCUGUCCUGCAGGAGUGCCGUCUGGUCGUCCCCAGCCCCAUGGUGCAGAGCCCAGUGUCGCAGACCCGAGAUAGAGCAUGGCAGCCUGUCCGCCGACAAGGAGCAGUACAUGGAGCUGGAGGAAGUCACCGUCCAAUGUGACUGUGGCUACCACAUGGCUGGUUCCCCCCGCAUCAUCUGCUCGGAGAACCGAACCUGGUCCCCGGAGCUGCCCAAGUGUGAAUGGGAAGUCGCUGUGGGCUGCGACCAGAUAGUGGCUGGCAGGAAGCUGCUGCAGUGUCUCCCGAGCCCGGAGGAUGUGAGGACGGCCCUGGAGGUGUACAAGCUGUCCCUGGAGAUUAAGCGCCUGGAGCAAGCAUGAGCCCGGCCUGCCUGACCCCUCCCUGCCCCAGGCCCGUCUGCACGCCUGUGCUGUCUAGCGUCCGCGCACCCCGGCGUCUCGGGCAUGGCGGUGGCUCGGACACAACCAGCCUCAUCUUCCCUUAUGCCCCUGCCUGGUGGCGGCAGAAAUAAACAAUCCCUCUCACA